AAGGAAAGCUUGGGUGGGUAUAUAUAGAGAGGAGAGUGUGAGGUGCAUAUCAGAAGAUUCUUGACUUCUGCCGAGGAACCAUAACUUCACUGCAGACCUUUUGAGUUCGCACGCACAAGAUGGGUGAUCGUGCCUCUUACCUGACAGUCGUCCUAAUGGUCACCUGCAGCCUGGUCACCGCCACUCCAGUAGACAACAGCACAGAGACACAGGCGGCGACAGGGCACCAGUCUGGGAUGCUCUACAUUACACCGAAGGGUCGCCUCAAGAUGCCUAUUGGGACGGUCGGCGUUAUCGCUUCGACUUUGUCCGUCCCAAUGGGGAACGACCUGUCCUCUACCUCAGGCUCCUUGGCUGUAACUGUUCCCUUUACAUUCAAAUUUGAUGAGCUGGGACUGACUGACCUCAACAACUCAUGGGGAAACGCGAACAGAGUGGCCCGCGACGCCUCGGCCCAGGAAGAACACGCGGGGGGCGACAGAUCACAGGUGUACCGCGUGGCAGAGAACACAAUCAGCUCCGCGGGUCUUGAUGGACGAGUCUGCCUUUUGAGAGCCAUCUGUGAGGUCAACCUGGGCUACACUGCCCCGGAACUCGGUCUUCUGGGGGAGGUUCUGCAUCUGCUUCUGAGCCCCAGCAAGGAUGCGCGACACAUGGGAGAGUACACGGAGGCAGAGACACAAGGCAAAGGCGAGAAGGACUGCAGUCUGUACCACGCUGGCUGCCCCUAUUCCUUCUUCUAUGACCAGCAAGUCUGAUGCUGCCUCUUCCACCUCCACCACCACUACCAUCACCACCACCACCACCACCAGCACCAGCACCAGCACCGCCACUACCUAAGACAAACUAGCUGACUUAACUAUUAUUAUUAUUAUUAUUAUUAUUAUUAUUAUUAUUAUUAUUAUUAUUAUUAUUAUUAUUAUUUCACAUUGUCUAAAAAAUGAGUCGAUGAGGAAUAAAAAAGGAAAAAUAAGAAAAAAAGAGAAAAGUU